GGCGGGGCGUGCACGAUCGCCUGGCAGCGGCUUUGAAGCAGGUGGCGGCGGCAGGGAGCGGAUUGCUGAAUUGGCCGGAGGGGAGGAGGGGAUAACCGGGGGAAUCACAUUAGUCGAGACCGGGGACCAAAGGCUAACUCGAAGAAAAGGUCGAGGCUCAUUGCAAAUCAAUUGUCUGCGAGAUAUGAACAAUUUUACACAGGGAGAAAAAGAAGAACGAGUCUGUAGGCCGUGAAGCCUUGGGGUAGAGUGGACAGCCGACCCUGGGAAGCCUGGAGGAGAGGGACUGAAGGUUUGCGCUGGAACGAGGAUCCCGGUUUCAUAAUGGAUUACCAGUAGAAACCAAGUUCGUUGUAAAACAGCAGGGGCGUGGGCGACACAAACGGAAUGUGGGUAUCGCCGGUUUUAUAUUUUAUUUUGACAUCGAGUGACUGACAGUAGCCCUUGACACACUGACUUAACUUCACAAGCGCCUUGGGCGAUGUGAGAUUUAUUUCACAAGCAGCCUGCGAAGGUUUCAGAUCCGCUCUGGCUUGUCAAGUCGUAGUCUUCUUUGAAUUUCAGCUGGCGUUUGAGUGCUUGAUGAGGGCGCUGUAUUACCGGGGUAGUGCACCAUGGCGAGGAAGUGUGCCCGAGGACCGACAUCGCUAGGAGGAUCUAACUUUAUUUUAACACUGCUGUCGACGUAAUUAUCGCCUUUUUUGUUUAUUUCUUUCAUUUUUUCUACUUUUAACUUUACAGUAAAAUAGCUGCAAUUGUGUUGAGCAUUUUCUGCAUUUAGUUCGUACUAGCGAUAAUAGCGGCAUAUUUUAUUGUGCUGAAUUUUAUUUAAGCAAAAGGGCAGGUUACUCCUACGAACAUAUAUUUUACUGGAAAAGAACUAAGGAAUGGGAAACACGGUGUCGUGUUGCGUUUCACGCGGUGGGAGUCCCAAGGUGAGCCGGGCACGCAGGCAGCCGGAGCGUCCGGAUGUCUACCAAGUGGAGGUAGAAUUAAAUGAACCGGAUUCUGGACCCUCUCUGCAGCACAUCAGCGACAGGGAGGUACCCGACGAUUUAGUGCCAGAAUCCAAUCCAUCAGACCACCCGAGAGCAAGUACCAUCUUCCUCAGCAAAUCCCAGACAGAUGUGAGAGAUAAGAGGAAAAGCAAUCACAUAAACCAUGUGUCCCCUGGGCAGCUCUCUAAGAAGUACAGCUCCUGUUCUACGAUAUUUCUUGAUGACAGCACAGUCAGCCAGCCUAAUUUGAAAAGCACAAUAAAGUGUGUUACUUUAGCAAUAUACUACCACAUAAAGAACAGGGAUUCGGACAGAUCGCUUGAUAUCUUUGAUGAAAAGCUGCAUCCUCUAUCGAGGGAAGAGGUGCCUGAAGAUUACUGCAGGCGUGACCCAGAGCAUAAGCACAUCUACCGGUUUGUCAGAACCCUCUUCAGUGCUGCCCAGCUCACAGCAGAGUGUGCCAUAGUAACCCUGGUUUAUCUGGAACGCCUGCUGACGUAUGCAGAGAUUGAUAUUUGUCCCAGUAAUUGGAAGAGGAUUGUACUGGGUGCUGUCUUACUAGCAUCGAAAGUGUGGGAUGACCAGGCAGUAUGGAAUGUGGACUACUGCCAGAUCCUUAAAGACAUCACUGUGGAGGACAUGAAUGAAAUGGAAAGGCAGUUCUUGGAGCUGCUGCAGUUUAACAUUAACGUUCCAGCCAGUGUUUACGCCAAAUAUUACUUUGACCUGCGCUCGCUGGCAGACGACAACCACAUGAACUUCCCCCUGGAGUCCCUCAGCAAGGAGAGGGCACAGAAGCUGGAGGCAAUCUCCAGGCUGUGUGAGGACAAGUAUAAAGACCUGAGUAAAGUUGCAAUGAGAAGAUCAUUGAGUGCAGAUAAUCUAGUGGGAAUCCGUCGCUCUAACGCAGUGCUGUCCUAGACACUGAGUGGCACUGCUGCUGCAGAGAGGGGCUUUACUGGGAGUCCUUCACCCAGAGAGGGCAGCGCUCCCGUUAACCCAGUCUGCCACAAAAAGCACACUCCAAUAAAGAGAAAAUACAUACAAAUUGAAAGAGAAAAACAGAUGCUACUUCGAUAGCACACAACUCUGCUGAAAUACCCAGAGGUGCAAAAUAAAAAAAGGGGCUUGCUUGCUUACUGUGUAGGCUAAGAGCUGUGAAAGCUGUCCAGUUUUUAAUUGAAAAUCAUUUGCAGAUGGAGUAUUUUAAAUAAACGCUAAUCAAGUAAGCUUUUUUUGACUGUUCCCAGAGUUCUAGAGAGCUGUAGCUAAGCUAAUGGCUGCAAUACUGUAUGUUCAUAUUCCAAAUGGAAACACGAUACUAACAGUUUUGCAGUGUGUGUUUUUGUAAGGAUUGUAUGGCAAGAUAGGUGGGGGAGUUUACGGAUCUGGUAUCGGCUUCCUCUGUCCAAUUGAAUACCUCAUUGCAGAAAACAUUUCUUUAAACCUUUUAGCUUUAUACUUGGAGUGAAAAGAUACCAACCAAAACACCUGCUGACAUGGUAUAACAUUCUCUUAGCAAUCGAUGUAGCAUGCACCCUGAAGACCUUCAUUAUUAAUUGAGGGUUUUAUUCCUGCGCUAAUCCUUAAACAAAACAACAUUGUGGUAAGGCAAUUGCAUCAUACUGCUGUAUUGUACUUCGUAUAAAAAAAUAAACAGUGCUGCUUUUCUACAUUAAUAAAAAAAAAUAAGGAUGCAUGGUAUGUCAGCUAAUAUAAAAUACUUUUUAUAUAGUGAUGUAUGUCUGUUUUUGUUGCUGAUGGUCACAAGCCUUUUACUCACUGAUGUAUCCAUUCCAUUGUGUUUGGCAGAUAAUGCCUUUGCUCUUAUUAAUAUGACCGCUUUUGUUACUGGUAAGAGCAGACUAUUCAGUUACUCUCUUAAUGGGGGCGGGGUGGGUGGUAGAAGAGUCACUUUAUGAGGUUGGAUCAGCGUGUAGUGUAUUGCUUAUUACGAGUGAUUCCCCCCCCCCCAAAAUUUUCAUUUUUGAUCCCAUGCAACUGAUCUAGGCAUAGCAUGUGAUAGCAUCACGCUGUAGGGUACUGUACUCCUGCUGUGCAGUGACUGAGGGAGAGUAAGCAUCAAUACAACCAUUGUGCAAGAUGAAGCUUUGUGUGUUUUAUAAUGCAUCAUGCCACCUUCUGUGAGGGGUCUGGGUGUGCAUUGUGCAACACCAGCGUAGUGUGUUUGGGGUUUUUUUGUCUUUAUUUCCUUUCCUAUGUUGCACUGUUUUUUCUUAACACUGUUGUUAAAGACCAUCCACAAAGUACAUGCUCCACAUCUCUUUUGGUUGGCUGUAUUAGCUUCAUUAAGGGUCAGAAGAAUCUGGCUUGUUAUUAAAUUAAUUUUAAAAUAAUAUUAAACUGUUCCUGGGCCCUGGUGUGGGGUGGUAAUAUUCUCAGGAAAAUGUUAAAAUCAUUGGUAAAAAAUAACAUUUCAAUAAACAGUCCUACCAUAUCUGGUCAUUAGCAGAUGGAGCACAGUUAAAGACACAGUAUUCUCUAGGAUUAAUUAACAGUGUGAAUUCAGUUCUUAUACAUGAUGUACAAGGUAGGCUAAUCUUGUGAUUGGUUCCUAUUUGAACUUCCCAAAGGAGCCUACUAAAAUAGUGAUUCUGGGUCAUUUACAAAAUGUUAUCACCUUGAGGCAAAGGGCACAGAGUGUUAUAUUGAAACUCUCCAUGCCAGGUUAGAGUGCUAAUCGUCAAAUAACCGACAACCCCUGAAGAAGUGUGGAACAAUAGACCAUGUCCUUGUAUUGUUUUGUAGAAUGUUUUUAUCGAACUUGCAUUUAUAGGUUUCAACAUUCUAGAUAGCUACUGUAGGUUCCAUUGUGAAUUUUUUAAAUUUUUUUAUCUUAUUUUAGUAUUUUAUAUUAAAAAUCCCCUUCUGACCCCACCCAUCCAAGAGCUUACACCAAAAUAAAAUCUCCAAGCUGCUUUUUGCCACAUGUGACAUGAUGCUUGAAAGCAUAAAAUGACUGUUUGCUAGUUUCCUUUGUUAUUUCCCUCUGGUGUGAUGUAACUUGGGCCCAUCAUGCACUUGGUUGUCCAUUUCUUUCUGCUCAAUUGAAAUCUUGUGUCAGACAGAAAGCAAUUCCGGAAUCUUUGGAUCCACUGUGCGGUCCUGUGAAAUUACUGUACCACUGGGUUUAAUAAUAUGCUUUGUGUUCUAAUUCAUUUAUUUGUAACUUUAAAUGAUGAGCCUGCUUAUUAUGUAAGAUGAUUAAGUAUCAAAGUUAAAUUGGCGUAAGGAAGGUUCCAACUCCAACAGAGUCGUCGUUGUGUGCGAAACUGGAGCAAGUAGGACCAAUAUGGUAGACCAAGGACACGGUUUCUUAACCUUAUCUAUAAAUAAACCUGGUGAUCAUAAGGGUUGUAUUCUACUUUCUACUUGCUGUGCACAGUGGUAUCGGUUGACUA